CGCGAAACGAUCGAGAAACAUACGAGAUUAUUAUAUACGAUAUCGAAAACGAUAAUUUUUUUGAAUUACCUAUUUAAUUAGUUUGAAAAAUUAAUUGCGUGGAACUAUUAAAUUUUUUUUAGUGAGUUUUUCCGUUGGUGUUUUUAUUGUGAUUUAUUUUUUUUUUCUGGAAAAAAGCCAACAAAAAAUGAAGAGCGCACUUAUUAACUUCACCAUUGUCUUUAUUAUUUUGAUGGGACUACAUCAACAAGUAGUGGCCAGGCCUAAUUUCAAUAGCCGAGUGAAGAGAGUAUCAGAUCCACACUUUUCGGACUUAGAAACCAGAGUUGCUCUGCACAAAAUCAACGGCAUCGCCAUAACGUUGCCAGUGGCGGCUGGCAGAGAUCUUGACAAAAUUGGUCGCAAACGUAGAUCCGGUAGGUCUGGUAGAUCCCAAUCCCGAUUCCUCGAAGCACUUUUCAACCAGUCGGACGAGGAUCAGGGUGAUCCGCAAGCCGAACUGAUCCUGCCGAACACUUACGAAGACCUGUUCUACGACUAUAAAAAGUAAACGGAAACAAGCAAUCGACGAUCACGUGGCCAUUGAUACUUAAAUUUUUUGUAUUUUUCGUUGUAACUUUGUGUUGAUUUGGUUGGCAGAAGAUUUUCAAGAAAAAGAUCUCGAAAAAUCCUGCUUCGCAGUUACUUUCCUAUUUAAAUAUUAGGUUUAGAGACUGAAAGAAGUUGUGCUAAUUUUGAAGGAUCAUCAAUCAAACAAAACUAAGAAGAAUUUUUUUUUGUAGAAGUGUGCAAUUAUGUAUUAAGCACCUACUUCUUCUAUUUUAAUAUUUAUAUUAUAAGCCGAAGAUAUAUCGGAUUUUUGACAUUCCAAAAAAUUGCUUGAAUAAAAAUGGAAGACAUCGAGCAGCAAGCAAUAUCUGAAAUCUAUUACCAUUUUUGAUGUCAUCACCUCUUGCGUAGGUCUAUGAAGGUAUCUUCACUUAAAUUAAGUUGUGUUGAUGGGAGAUGUUCUAAAAAUGGUAAAUAACAGAUUAUUAAUCAAAAAGUUUUUUUUUAUUCGAAUCUCAUUUAUAUUUUCUUUGUAUUGUGUUCUUUCCUUUUAACAUCUCCCCUAGUCAUUGAUUGAAAUUAUCAGUAUUACUAAGUAUACGAUCUAAUUAUAUUUGUUAUAAAAAAAAAAUCUAGUCUUUAUUAUAAGUAAAUUAUUUUUAGUUUAAGUAAUAUCUUUAGGCCAUAAAUUGUGUCUUCUCAAAGCAAAAAUUAAUAUAAGUAAUUUAUUACAAAAAUAUUAUUUCAUUGUAUUCCUAAUUUAGUAAUAAUAUCCUUUUUGGCUUUGAGAAAACUGAAAAGUUAAAUAGUAAUAAAAUAGUAAGUAAUAAUCAUGAGAUUUAAAAGCGGUUGUGCAUAUCGAAAAUAUAUUACAAAAUAAAAAUAUAAAUUAAAUGCAGCAGUUAUAGAAUGUAAAUAUGUAUUUUUUUUUUUUAAAUGUUAAAAUAUGUAUUAUUGUAAUUAUGGAUUGUGCGUACAAUGUUUUGUUGAAAUUGUCUGUAUGUUGUUUUUUUUUUAAUUAUUAUUAAGUAUUUAUUUGUAUUUUAUUAAUUUAUUUUUUUUAUAUUUAAAUAUAAACUGCUCUGUCGUUAACUUUUGGUGUUUUUAGCCUUUUCUUGAUGUUAACAGGAGUUAUUAAUAAAGUAAAGAUUCUUGACAUAAGGCCCAAGCGCUGGCUAGUAAGUUAAUGCCCAUACAAGAACAUUGUGUAACCGAACUGCAACCACCAAUAUAAAGAUGCAGCUCGGGUUCCUAGAUACUGUAUAAUUUAUGCGCCAGCACAUUUCACAGACAGGGAUGUUUUGAGGAACAAGGGACAACGGACCCUUUCUUGCUGCGAUUGCGUUAUGCGAAACAGUUGGUCAACACGACAAAAAUACGCUCUCGAGUAUUUUCUUAUUGUCUAUCACUAUAAUAAUAAUUAUGUUAAAUAAACUAUAUUUCUUUUCUUGAAUAAAC